GAGCGCUAAGUACUAGACAGUUUCUAACAUGGCGGUCUAGAAAGGUGGUAUUGAUAAAUAAUGCAUUCAGAUGAAAACAAACCUGCAAAUCAAAGCUCUAACAUACUGAGCUCAAAAAGAAAGCGGGAUUUCGAGGAAAGCAGAUCAAAGGUGUCCCGCUCCGAAGGUUUUUCUUGGUGGACAUCAUUAAUGUUGGGAGUUGAACCGAAGAACUUUCCAAACACUCGUAGUUCGGUUGUGUCCACGAAACAAAAAGCUGACGAACAAGACCAUUAGGGAAACUUUUCCACCAAAAAGUAAAUACAGAAAUCUCUCCUCGCUAGUCCUUUGUAAAACAAGAGUUCACGAGCGUCUAACUGUGGGAAGGCGAAGAGAAAUGUCAUGUUCUGUUAUCGUUAUUGGUCGAUCAUCAGCUGAUUGUGGGCUGCACUGAAGUGCUUUAUACAGCUUAACAUCUUCUGGCAAAAGAAAUUGUCUUUUCACCUGUGUAGGUAACCAACCAUUGGUAUUUGGUGAAUCGUUUUAUGCACAGUUCCUUGUCUGGUUCCGUUCAUUAAGUAUAACUAACUACGGUGCACUUCUGUCUUUUCAUAUGACGUUCUCUGUAGUGCACCUUACUAGUUGAUCGCAUGAAAUGAGACAACAAAAACUCUUUGAAAACACAAUCGUCACUUUGCGAUGAUUUAUUGUAUCUUUGGAAGGGAUGUUUAUGAAAACACCUAUUCCGUAGGGAGAUGCUUCGCAUUGAAAUGAUAGGAUAAGACAAUAUCUCGUCAUACAUUUGAAAAUUUAUAGUUGUCUAAGGCAUUUGAAAUUACCAUGUCAGGAAGUGGAGAGAAUUCAGGUGAGCAUCUUGUGGAAGAUAGCAGUCUUGAUUUUCCAGAGCCUCCAGAAAAACCACUUGAUAGUGACUGCUGUGGAACUGGUUGUGUACCAUGUGUCUUUGAUAUUUAUGACGAGGAAAUGGCAAAAUGGAGAUUAGAAUGUGACAGAAUAAAAAGUGGAAAAAGUAUCCUGGAGGAUUUACCCAGUGGAAGUUUUGAGCAAGUACUCAGUACUUCAGAGUUUCAAGGUUUUGAACUUGAGUCCAUCACUAGGGUGACAGAUGAUUCAUGUAUAUACAGAUUUAAGAUCCCAGGAAAUAGGAAGCUAGGGAUCAAAGUAGGACAGCACUUAAUAAUGAGGGGCAAAUUUGAUGGCAGGCGUAUCACUAGACAGUACACACCUAUUAGCCCAGUAGACGGCCGUGGGUUCUUUGAUAUACUCAUCAAGGUUUAUUUGAAUGGAAAAAUGUCUCAAAAUAUAAAAAUUUGGCAAGUUGGUGACAUGAUUGAAUGGCGUGGACCUUUUGGAAAAUUUUCUUACUCACCAAAUCAGUAUCGUAGGAUUGGUAUGUUAGCGGCAGGAACAGGGAUUGCCCCAAUGCUGCAAGUGAUUCAAGACAUAGUUACAAAUGAGGAUGACGAAACAUUUAUCCAAUUGGUUUACUCAAGCCGAACAUAUGAUGACAUUUUAAUGAAAGACACACUGGAUGAAUGUAAAGCUUACUGGAAUUUUUCAGUACUCUAUGUUCUAAGCCAGGAAAGUAAAGCUGGCCAAUCAAAAGUCAAGUACAGAGAUCACAUGUCAUACGGCAGGAUCGAUCAGGAGCUUGUGUCACGUGAGAUGCCUCAGCCGUCACGUGAUGUUCACGUGUUAAUCUGUGGAACCAAGUCGUUUGACAAGGACAUGAUAAAAUAUUUGAAAGCUGCUGGUUACACAUCAGACAUGUAUUACAAGUUCUAACUAUGAGAAAAUUACCAUCUGUCUUAUUUUUGUCUAUGAGAAAAUUGUUCUUCAAGAAAGAUCUUUUGUACACUUCGCCAACAAGGCAUAACUUUUAGAUCCUACUUUGGUACCCUUCCCUGAUCAAACGCUGGUAUCUUAUUCCAAUUUUUUGAACCCUCUGAUAAUUAAAACCAAGUUCCUUUUUCCUCAGAGGUUUAAGGAAGCGGAAUUUCACUGUAGCUUUUUGCUUGAGAUAUAGAUUCACACAGUCACAAAAAACUUUGUACAUGUGCAUUUGUCAACAGUGUUCUUAAUAAAUUGACAGAGACGAUGUGUCUGUUGUAUACUUUCCAAUUAGAAUGAUUAUUGGACUGGAAGAUAUCGCGUAUAUUUUUUUUACAAAGUCUGGCACCAACGAGACAAAAAUGUGAAAAAGUAUAAAUUAAAGAAGUUACAUCUACAUGUUUUGUUGCACAUGUUCACUUACAUUUAUUCUUAAACUCUUCUUCAAUUUUCAGACUAUCGAUUUUACUUUGGCUGACCCACAAUUAGCCAUUGCUAGUCUAAGGUAGGUCAGUAAUUAAAACUGAGACAGCUAACAAAAAUAUCUAAGCUAACUGCCUAAGCUACAUUGGAUUCAGUGUUCCUGUCAAGAAAUAGGUCGAAAAGGAAAUUAGUAAAAGCUCGGAUAUUACAUUAUAAUUUACAAUAUUUUUCUAUUGCUAUAACUGUUUCAGUAUCAUAAUGACUGUCUUUCGUUUGCCAAACGUGUCUUAGGGUAGCGUCUUUUUAAGGGAGUGGCUGUUGAUCUGGAUUAGAACCAAACGAAAGUUGCUUGCAUGCUCGUAACGAAGCGUCGGUAUUCUACGUGCACGAAACGGAAAUCAGUCAGUAUGAUAAGUUAUGACCUGACCAGCCAUGAAAAGAUUGCCUGAAUGAUUUGUCGUAAAUUAUGCACCUGAAUCAAUACGCAGAUAGUUACUGAUAAGCAUAUGUUUGACUUGAAAAUUUUCUGGCUGACACAAGACAACCGGUGAAAUGAAAAACAUUUCUUGUUUCGAAUUGCUGCACGCAUAAAGCACACCUACAAGGUACAUUGUAAAUGAUGGUGACGUAACGGGGAGAAAGUCACCAGUUUAGAGCGUUUAAUAAUACAUAAUCACUUACGGAGAACCAGAUUGUGAUGCUUGUAAGAGGUGGUAAAUAUAUGUGCUGCAGACUCCAAAUCGAAAGCUCAGAAAUAUUGUA